AUGAAAAUCAAAGAAUGGCUACUUGAUAAUGAUAAAAGAAAAAAAGUUAUUACUCUCAUUUACAGACUUGCUCUUAAAAAAUAACCAUUUCAUUCGAAUUUAUUAAGAUAGUCUAUUGAUUAAUACAAAUUCUCUGAUGAUAUUCAUCAUAUAUGGAAUUAAUUCGAUACUUUAAGAGCUUAUUAUAAAUUAUUAUUAAAUCAAUCUUCCUUUGCAAAUUAAGUUAAAUUAGUCAGAAUUAUCCAUUAAAAUACAAUGUUUCAUAAUAAACCAGAAUUAGUUGCAAUUUAAAGAAUCAGAAAAGAAAAAUCAUAUCAAUAAUUAAAUUCAAUUGAUCAAUCUUUUCUCAUUCAAUUGCUUAAUCAUGCAAUUAAAGAUAAUAAUGAUUAAAAUAUAUAACGAUAUCCUACCUUGCUCCAUUAUAUUAUUGAUAAAAAUAGCGAAAGUAUAAUCAUUUUUUAUUUUAAGAAUUUGAUUAAAAAUACACUCCGCCACUCCCUAAAUGUGUUUAAUGUUAAAAUUCAAACUAUCUUAGAGCUUACGAGUAUUUAUAAGAUAAAUUAUUAUAAAAGUAAUCAAUUAAAAACAUUUGA